CCCGACCUCGUCUUUCCUUAUCUGAAGCCCAAAAGCGAGAUGGCCGCGGAAACCGUGUGCCGCGUCUGGAGCCGAUUCCUCCCGAUCUCCGUUACCGAAAGCCUCAUCUUCCGCCGCCGCCCCUCCACUAACGCCCUUGGGCUCCCUUGCCGCCAUUCCUUUGGAUUCCCUUCCAAAUCCAAAUCCAAAUCCAAAUCCCGCAUCCUGAUCGUUGAAUACAGAGUCCCCUCCCGAAUCCUCGCUGCUGCUGGAUGGUUUUCCGGCUUUGGAGGGAAGAAGAAGCCGGACAUCGUCAAGGCAGGGGACCCUGUCCUCCAUGAACCGGCUGCUGACGUCCCUGUCGCGGACAUUGGCUCUCAAAGGAUAGAGGAAAUCAUCGAAGACAUGAUCGCCGCCAUGAGGAACUCUCCUGGAGUCGGCCUUGCUGCUCCUCAGAUCGGCGUCCCUUUGAAUAUAAUUGUCCUGGAGGAUACAAAACAAUACAUUAGUUACGCAUCUAGGAAAGAAAUUGAAAUGCAAGACCGUCGCUCAUUUGAUCUUCUUGUCAUAUUGAACCCAAAGCUGAAGAAGAAGGGAACAAAAACAGCACUUUUCUUUGAAGGAUGUCUUAGUGUAGAUGGAUUUAGGGCUGUGGUUGAGCGUCACCUUGAAGUUGAAGUCACUGGAUUAGACCGCAGUGGGCGUCCUAUCAAAAUAGAUGCAGCUGGUUGGCAAGCUCGUAUACUACAGCAUGAGUGUGAUCAUCUUGAUGGAACAAUCUUUGUGGACAAAAUGGUGCCGAGGACAUUCAGGACUGUAGAAAAUUUGGAUCUGCCGCUCCCUAUGGGAUGUCCAAAACUAGGUGUUCAAUGAAUUAUCUUUUACAUGACCUGUGGAACUGGAAUCACUUUGAGUAGCAAAGAGGUUGUUAAUUGUGUACCUUUCAAACUCGCAAAGAUGAAUUCUGUCAUUGGCCAUGGAAAUAUUAAGCUGAGAUGCAAAAGCUGCCUGAUAAAGUGAUCUGCAACAUGGGAAUGGAUUAACAAGGUAGGGCCUGUAAUUAAUUGCUGCACUUGGAUUGGAGUUGACUGACAGUUGGUGCUGUAUUAUUGGUCAGUUUCCUCAUCAAAUGGCAGGGCUGGGAUUCUCUUGUGUUGUCAAUUAAUUUUGCAAAACAUUUGUCACUUAGUGGAGACCAUGCUAGCAAAACUGACUGUAAAUUUCUAGAAAAUAAAAAUAAAAUUUUACGUUACCAUUGUAGAAUGCCAUAUUUGAAAGGCAACCAGUCAGACACAUUCUAAUGGUAAAGAUUAAUCACAGAAGAUUUUUUUGACUCAUCGAUCUCCAGGAUCAAACCUGGCCCUCAUAUUAGAUGGCACUAUUUGGAAGAAUAGGGACUAUAUCAUAAACCGUGAUAAAGAGCU